AUGCCCAAGUUGGAUAUAACUUGCGAAUCCUGUAGUCCACUUCGUAUUGCAUGCACUCGAUGGAGCACGUCCCGUGAUGGUCACGUUAUCCGACUUUAUCCGGUAUCAUACGGCCUUCAAAUCGUUGCUAUAUCCGUACCAAGUAUGAAACAACGUGGAGAAUCUGUCACUCUAACUUGUGACUACGAUUUGGAAGGAGGAAAAUUAUACUCAGUUAAGUGGUAUAGGGAUAAUGAGGAGUUCUACAGAUAUAUGCCGCGUUUGAGGCCUCCGCAACACGCGCAUAGAUUGGAGGGUGUUAAAGUUGAUCUGGAGAGGUCAAGCGCUCGGCGUGUGCACCUUCGGGAUCUGACAUUAAAGUCCCGAGGCCUCUACCGCUGCGAAGUGUCUGAAGAGGCGCCCUCCUUUCACUCCGCACAAUCAGAGGCUUUCAUGGAAGUCUAUUAUUUCUCGCGCGAAAACCCACGUAUAGUUGGCCAUGAACGAAUAUAUGAAUUACAUGAGCCACUGGACGUCAAUUGCACAUCGGCUAAAGCAUUUCCAGCACCGGCUUUAGAAUGGCACAUGGAUGGACAUAUGGUAACAGAUAGAUCGUUGCUGAUAGAAUACGAUCCCGAACCUGUACCACAAGGCUUUUAUAUUUCAACUUUAGGACUUCGGGCGCAGGCCAGGCCACAUAUGCGGGUGCGAUGCAUUGCCAGCAUAGGAAAUCAUAAGCGGGAGAGAACUGUUAUAAUAGGUAAUAAUAAUAGUGGUGUUGUUAUUACCAUAAACUUUGUAGAGACACCUACAAUCACACCCUGAAACGCGAUAAACGCGCUCCUUACGUUCGCUAAGAUAUAUCUAUUCAACUUCUCGACCUUAACCACUGGGCCUUGUCAAGGAACCUCCCUUAAAGUCGGAGCGAGAGCAACGCCUCCCUUUCUCUUUAACCAAAUUGUCGAAAAACUAUGUAAAUUUAUGUAUUUACGAACAUUUCAUAUCUUCUUACUUACAUAAUGUUACUACUGUACCUUACAUACGACCAAAUUA